CUAGGUGGUUCCUAAUUGUGUAUUCGUUUUGUAUCUAUACUGUAUUUUGCAACCCAUUACUUACCCUUUUUUACUAAUUAUUGCAGCUGAAAUUGAUAUGUUUCAGGUGAACUCAAAAAGACUAUUGUCUGUUUCUAAUGCAUUGGCAGAGUGUCUGGUUAAGUAUUCAGAUAUGCAAUAUCUAGCUCAAAGGGCUUUCACAAUAUAUUUGAGGUCUAUAUAUAAGCAGCAAGAUAAAGAAGUCUUUGAUGUGAUGAAACUGCCACUGGGAGAUUUCUCUGAAUCAUUGGGGCUUCCCAUGACCCCUAAAGUCUGUUUCUUGAAUCAGAAAAUCAAGGGGAAAAAAUUACCUGAGGAAGAAGGCCCACCUCUUCAACAUGGAAAUGUUGUCAAAGAUGAGUUGGUAAAAAUUCGAAGACAAAAGCCACAUGUUAAUGAACUAGAGGAAGAAGUGGAACAUGAUUUCCUUUCAGCAAAGGAGGCUGCAGUGGAGGGAGAAGAAAAUGAAGAUUCUAUCCCAGCAACCAGGAUUUUAAGAAGAAGAAAUUGAUAACAAAUCUAGGAAGAGAUCAAAGAUAUACUUUGAGAGCGAGAGCGAUGAUGA